AUGGCCACAACCACAACCACCGCAACAGAGACCGCCGAUCCCGCAACUCUCAUUAGCCGCAUGACCGCCUACAUGGCCCAAUGCAUGCGCAACCACGACCCGUCCCACAAUCCACGCCACGUCCACCGCGUCGUGCACCUGGCACACCAGCUCCUCGCCUCCGAGCGUGCCAGGAACCCAUCGUCUACAAUUUCCAUGGAUGACACUGCCAUAACGCUGGCGGCCCUCCUCCAUGACGUUGAGGAUAGGAAGUAUCUUCCCUCUCCGUCUCACUCGGGCAGCGGCAGUAGCAGCGGCAGCAGCAGCAAUGAUGUCGUCUACCAUGCCCUGCUAUCCAAUGGCGCUAAUCCGGUUUUAGCAGCCAGAGUAAAAAAAAUCAUCUCGCACGUGUCCUUCUCUGCUGAAGUGAAGGAUCCAGAUCUAAUCCGCCGCCUCAUUGAUAAAGAAGGGUAUCCGGAGCUAGCUAUCGUGCAAGACGCGGACAGGCUAGAUGCUCUUGGUGCGGUGGGGAUUGCGAGAUGUUUUACCUAUUUGGGGGCUAAGGGGGGUGGAAGGGCUGGUGGCGGGGAAGGGGAAGGGGGGAGCUGCUGGGAGUUGGAUCAUGCGAUUGAGCAUUUUGGAGAAAAGUUGGAGAAACUGGAGGGGAUGAUGAAGACGAAGUCUGGCCGGGAGAUGGCCAGGGUGAGGACGGAAAGGUUGAAGGUGUUUAGGGAAUGGUGGGAGGAGGAGAAUGGAGAGAGGUGA